UUUUUUUUUUUUUCUUUUUUUGCCUCCUAGCGACUGGCAACAAGGCAGGCAGCUCCAAGUCGGAGCCCGAAAGUGGCCUCAUCUGAUAUUGGAGUGAGACUCCGGCCGUAGGCUGGGGUUCUUUCCAUAUAGAGGAGACGGAUUCAGAGGGGCUACAGACCAAAAUUGUAGAAAACCAGACCUACGAUGAGCGUCUAGAGAUUAACGACUCUGAAGAGGUUGCAAGUAUUCAUCCUCCAACCCCCAGACCCAAAGGACUUCUUGGUUCUGCCCAGCUUCCUGACAAGACUAUGGCUGACAACAGCAGUGAUGAGUAUGAAGAGGAAAAUAACAAGGAGAAGAAGAAGCCCUCGCAGCUGACACCUCAACGGGGCUUCAGUGAAAAUGAUGAUGAUGACGACGACGACUCCUCUGAGACGGAUACUGAUGAAGAUGAUGAUGAUGAAGAGCACGGGGCCCCUCUGGAAGGGGCCUAUGAUCCUACAGAUUAUGAACAUUUACCAGUUUCGGCUGAGAUUAAGGAACUCUUCCAAUAUAUCAGCAGGUACACCCCUCAGAUGAUCGACCUGGACCACAAACUGAAACCUUUCAUUCCUGAUUUUAUCCCCGCUGUUGGGGAUAUUGACGCAUUCCUAAAGGUCCCACGUCCUGAUGGAAAGCCAGACAACCUUGGCCUGUUAGUAUUGGAUGAGCCUUCUACAAAGCAGUCAGACCCUACAGUGCUCUCUCUCUGGUUGACUGAGAAUUCCAAACAGCACAACGUCACACAACAUAUGAAAGUAAAGAGCCUAGAAGAUGCAGAGAAGAAUCCCAAAGCCAUUGACACAUGGAUUGAGAGCAUCUCAGAAUUACACCGUUCUAAGCCCCCUGCGACUGUGCACUAUACCAGGCCCAUGCCUGAUAUUGACACGCUAAUGCAGGAAUGGUCCCCAGAGUUUGAAGAGCUUUUGGGCAAGGUGAGCCUGCCUACGGCAGAGAUCGACUGCAGCCUGGCAGAGUACAUUGACAUGAUCUGUGCCAUCCUCGACAUCCCUGUCUACAAGAGUCGGAUUCAGUCCCUACAUCUGCUCUUUUCCCUCUACUCGGAAUUCAAGAACUCACAGCAUUUUAAAGCUCUAGCUGAAGGCAAGAAAGCAUUCACCCCUCCAUCCAACUCCGCCUCCCAAGCUGGAGAUGCAGAGACAUUGAUCUUCAGCUGAGACACCCCCCCCAGGUCACGCUGUUGCAAGGCUGUGCUGGCUGAAGAGAGAUGGCCGUCAGCCACGUGGCGUCCUUGCCUGACUCAGGGACAUGUGCUCCCUGCUGCCCUCUCUACCAGAAAGUACAGUGCACGUUCCUUAAAUGGUUUCUGCCCGUCUCAGGUUUCCUUCCCACGGGAAUUAUGCAUCUAUGCCAUGGUGGGGAUUUGAGUUAGAACAGAAGGAAUAGAAUGUCUGGGAUUCCAGGGUGCUCAGGUUGGGAGGGAAGCUUAAAAGAUGUUCUUUUUGAGAUAGCGAUGGAAUUAUUUUCUUUCAUUCUUCAAGUUAGUUGGCAAAGAUUUUGCAAAUAAAAUGCUGUAUCUUUCA